CAUAUAUAUAUAUAUAUAUAUAUUGCGUCUCUGUCAAGAGUCCCUCAGAAAUGGACCCUCUUGCUGUUUCUCUCUAAGUCUAAACCAACCACAUUUUCUCUCUCUUUCUUCUUCUGCAUUUUUCCAAUUUCAUUCAUUCUCUUCUUAGUGAUCUCAGAGAGAGAGAGAGAAACAGUGAAAAUGGAGAUCAGUGUUCGAAAGUUUUGGUUGUUCAUUUGCUUGGUUUUAGUUGUGGGUUCAGAGCUGAUUCAAUGUAAUGUAACGUAUGAUAGAAAGGCCAUUGUGAUAAAUGGGCAAAGAAGAAUUCUCUUCUCUGGUUCCAUUCAUUACCCCAGAAGCACUCCUGAGAUGUGGGAAGAUCUGAUACAGAAGGCGAAAGAUGGAGGUCUAGAUGUGGUUGAAACCUACGUUUUCUGGAAUGUGCACGAGCCUUCUCCUGGCAAUUAUAAUUUUGAAGGGAGAUAUGAUCUGGUGAGGUUCAUAAAGUUGAUACAGAGAGCUGGGCUCUAUGCUCACCUUCGCAUUGGACCUUACGUUUGUGCUGAGUGGAAUUUUGGAGGCUUCCCCGUUUGGCUAAAGUAUGUUCCUGGGAUCAGCUUCAGAACAGACAAUGAGCCUUUCAAGAGGGCAAUGCAAGGGUUCACUGAAAAGAUUGUGGGAAUGAUGAAGAAGGAGAACUUAUUCGAGUCCCAGGGUGGGCCCAUUAUACUCUCUCAGAUUGAAAAUGAAUAUGGUGUGCAAAGUAAGUUAUUUGGGGCCCCUGCUCAUAAUUACAUGACUUGGGCUGCAAAAAUGGCUGUCGGCUUGAAAACUGGAGUGCCGUGGGUUAUGUGCAAGGAAGAAGAUGCCCCAGAUCCAGUGAUAAACACAUGUAAUGGUUUCUACUGUGAUACCUUCUCUCCUAACAAGCCUUACAAACCUACAAUAUGGACAGAGGCUUGGAGUGGAUGGUUCAAUGAAUUCGGUGGUCCACUUCAUCAUCGACCGGUUCAAGAUUUGGCAUUUGCUGUUACUCGAUUCAUACAAAGAGGAGGAUCCUUUGUUAACUACUACAUGUAUCAUGGAGGUACGAAUUUUGGACGUACAGCUGGUGGGCCUUUCAUCACAACUAGCUAUGACUAUGAUGCUCCACUGGAUGAAUAUGGUUUGAUCAGACAGCCAAAGUAUGGUCAUCUUAAGGAACUUCACAGAGCAAUUAAGAUGUGCGAGCGAGCUCUAGUUUCAGCUGAUCCUGUUAUUACGUCUUUGGGGAGUUAUCAACAGGCUCAUUUGUACACUUCAGAAUCUGGAGAUUGUGCUGCUUUUCUCUCGAAUUAUGAUACAAAGUCAGCAACGAGAGUGUUGUUCAAUAACAUGCAUUAUAACUUGCCUCCUUGGUCCAUCAGCAUCCUCCCUGACUGUAGAAAUGUAGUUUUUAACACUGCAAAGGUGGGAGUUCAAACAUCAAAGAUGGAAAUGUUGCCAACAAAUACACAAAUGUUCUCAUGGGAGAGUUUCAAUGAGGACCUUUCUUCUAUCGAUGACAGCUCGUCAUUCACAGCUCCUGGUCUCUUGGAACAGAUAAAUGUAACGAGAGACACUAGUGAUUACUUGUGGUACAUUACUAGUGUGGGUAUCAGCGCAUCCGAAUCCUUCUUGCACAAAGGAGAACUUCCCACUCUCAUUGUUCAAUCAACAGGCCAUGCUGUGCAUGUCUUCAUUAACGGACAGCUUUCAGGUUCUGCCUUUGGAUCAAGGGAGAGCAGGAGAUUCAGAUAUACUGGAAAGGUUAAUCUACAUGCUGGAACAAACAGAAUUGCACUACUAAGUGUUGCUGUUGGAUUACCAAAUGUGGGAGGACAUUAUGAGACAUGGAGCACAGGAAUCCUUGGUCCAGUUGUGCUACAUGGACUUGACCAGGGAAAAUGGGACUUAUCCUGGCAGAAGUGGACCUAUCAGGUUGGGCUGAAAGGAGAGUCCAAGGAUCUCGUCUCUCCAAAUCAAUAUUCCUCCGUUGAAUGGAUGAGCGGAUCAUUAGCUGCACAAAGACCGCAGCCAUUGACUUGGCACAAGACAUACUUUGAUGCACCUGAAGGCGAUGAGCCGCUAGCUCUCGACAUGGAAGGCAUGGGGAAAGGACAAAUAUGGAUCAACGGGCAGAGUAUUGGGAGAUACUGGACUGCUUUUGCUAACGGUAACUGCAAUGAAUGCAAUUAUGCUGGGGGCUUUAAACCCACAAAGUGUCAGUUUGGUUGCGGACAACCAACUCAAAGAUGGUACCAUGUGCCUCGGUCUUGGUUGAGGCCAACACAGAAUCUCCUGGUGCUUUUUGAGGAACUUGGAGGAGAUCCUUCAAGAAUUUCUCUGGUGAGGAGAUCGGUGUCAACUGUUUGCGCUGAAGUCACUGAGUACCACCCGACAUUAAAGAAUUGGCACAUCGAAAGCUAUGGAAAAUCUGAAGAAUUCCACAGUCCCAAGGUUCACCUCCGGUGUAGUAACGGCCAGGCAAUUUCUUCCAUCAAAUUUGCCAGCUUCGGAACUCCUUUGGGAACAUGUGGUAGUUACCAGCAAGGAACUUGCCAUUCCGCCGCCUCAUAUUCUGUCAUAGAGAAGAAGUGUAUAGGAAAGCAAAGAUGUGCAGUCACCAUAGCCAAUAGCAACUUUGGAGACCCGUGUCCAAACGUGUUGAAGCGGCUAUCGGUCGAAGCCGUCUGUGGCCCCACAACAGUUGGAGGUGGUAAUUAGGUACGAAAGAAAGAAAUAGCUGUUCAUCAACGUUGCAUCAAAUGACUUUGACUACAACACUACCAGCAAAAGCAAGCAAAGAAGAAUAAAAGCAAUAGUACAGAGAGAAAAAAACAAUCAAAAAGCAAGUUUAGUUAGGUGGAAUGCUUUUCAAUUCAUAUUGGGUGUUUACUGUUUUUUACUGCCAAAGGGCAAUUAGUUACUAAUUUAUGUUGCAUUAGUGGGUCUCAUUAGAGAAAGACAUUUGUUUGUAGGGUUGUUAAAGUUUGUAUAUUCCUAGGGUCUCCUCCAAUUGAGGUCCUUAGGUAGAGUUCAGUCAUUGGCAGGCCCUGGUCCCCGGCCUUUUAACGGGAUAUAGGCACUGGGAAAUGAGGUGGGUGUACUGUUGUCUAUUGAGUGUUUUUUAAUGUUUCUGUUUCAUUUCUGGGGGAAAAAUUAUCAAAACCCCAAUUAGGUUCAUGUUGGGAACGGAUCCUAGUGUGACCAUUGUUUUUCUGUGCAGUACCUGAUGAAAUUUAAAGUGUCUUUUUAUGUAUU